AUGGAAUUGAAAAAUUGGAUAUUAAUUUUUUUAAUUACUUUUAUUGCUUUAAAUAUUAAAAAUAUUUAUUUUUUUUUAAAACAACGUUAUACUUUUAUUGUUUCUUUAUGGAAUAUACCAGGUCCUUUAGCUAUACCAAUUUUUGGAUCAACUCUUUGGUUAAAAUGGAAUAUUGAAGAUUUAACAUUACAAAUAAAUGAAUUUUCUGAAAAACUUUAUCAACAAAAUACAAAAAUAGCAUGUUUUUGGCUUGGACCAUAUCCAUUAAUAUCACCACUUCAUCCUGAGACAGCAGAAAAAAUAUUAUCAUCAACAGAAAUUUUAAGAAAAGGACCAGAGUACUCUAUUUUUACACAAUGGUUGAAAACUGGCUUACUUACAAGUUGGGGUAACAAAUGGAAAUCUAGGAGGCGUCUAUUAACUCCAACUUUUCAUUUUAAUAUUUUAAAAGAAUUUAUGAACGUUUUUAACAAUGAAUCAAAGAUUCUGAUUAAAGAAUUGUCAAAAAGUUAUAAAAAAGAUAUUGAAUUUGAUGUAUUUCCUUAUAUGAAAAGAUGCGCACUUGAUAUUAUAUGUGAUACAUCUAUGGGUAGAAAAGUAAAUGCACAAAUAAAUCACAAUCAUCCUUAUGUUUUAGCUGUACAAAAUUUAAAUGUAUUGUCUUUUAAAUAUUUGAGAAUGCCUUGGUUAUGGAUUAAACCUAUCUGGUAUCUUAGUGGAAUGGGAUAUUUAUAUAAUGAUUCAUUAAAACUUGUUACUGAUUUUUCAAAACAAAUUAUAAAUGAAAAAAUAAAUGAAACAUUAGAAAAAAAAGAUUUAGAAAAUAAUAUAAAUGAGAAUUUAGAUGAAUUUGAUAAUGAUAAAAAGAAAAAAGCAUUUCUUGACUUAUUAAUUGAAAAAGCUGAAGAAGGUAAUUUAAGUUAUGAGGAUAUUUGUGAAGAAGUGGAUACUUUUAUGUUUGAAGGACAUGAUACUACCUCCGCUAGUUUAUCUUGGACUAUUUGGUGUUUGGCUCAUUAUCCUGAAUAUCAAGAAAAAUUACAUAAAGAAAUUGAUGAAAUUUUUAAUAAUACUAAUAGAGAUAUAACAUUUAAUGAUCUUUCACAAUUAAAAUAUCUUGAAAUGUGUAUAAAAGAAUCACUCAGAAUAUUUCCUUCUGUUCCAUUAUUUAGUAGAAUUGUUGAAAAUAAUUUUACUCUUGAUAAAUAUAUAAUACCAAAAGGAUCAACUAUUGUUAUAUCACCUCUACUUAUUCAUAGAAAUCCAAAUGUUUUUAAAAAUUCAACAAUCUAUAAUCCAGAUAAUUUUUUACCAGAAAAUAUUAAUCAAAAAAAUUCAUAUUCAUUUAUUCCAUUUUCAGCUGGUCCCAGAAAUUGUAUAGGACAAAAAUUUGCUUUAUAUGAAGAAAAAGUUGUUUUAGCAUGGUUUUUUAGAAAUUUUACAGUUACUUCUAAUAAAUCAUUUGAUUUUACAUUACCAUGCCCAGAAAUAAUAUUAAAGCCAUCAAAAGGUAUUCCAGUAUGUUUAAAAAAAAGAUUUUGA